AUGAACUCAGUGACAGAGAGCGGAUUGAACUCAGUGACAGAGAGCGGAUUGAACUCAGUGACAGAAAGCCGAUUGAACUCAGUAAGGGAGAGAGGAUUCUUCAGUUUGGUGGAUGAACCUUUGGUGACAGGAUCGAUCGACUCCCUGCUCGCUAAGCUCAACUUCACCACCAAACUGAAGAAGAGGCGUGCCAAAGUAAUGAAAGAACUAUAUCAAGAUGUGCUGAAACUAAAGAAAGGUUUCGACAACCUUGGCGGGGGCCGGGUGAUGGAUCCAUGUGCCCUAUUGUGGACGCAGUUUGCUAGAGAUCUGGUCUUUGACAUUGAAGAGUGGGUUGACGCGAGGCCGGGUUCCGCAAAUUCAUCAAAGAGAGAGUUAAUUGAUCUGUUCAAGCACCGGAUCCAUAAUGUGUGUGAGCAGUUCACGUGGUGCGACCUUCUCGGUCCUACCGAAGAUCAGUUCAAGCUUAUCCAUGAUUUGCAUAAAGAUUUGGAGAGCCUUAAGAAAGAUCUCCCCUAUAAGUUUGGCCCACCGGUGACUCCUGAGCAGUCAGUGUGGAUGGAUCAAACAUGUGAGCUGGUCAGCAAGGUGGAAACUUUGGUCCAUCAAAAGCCAAUAAAGGACAUGGAUGAAUCAUGGGAAAAACUAAUACAGGAGUACAAGGCCAAAAUACAACAAACGCGUGAUACACUCAGUACAGCCCCCAUUUGCUGUCCACUGCUUUCUGAGGAGAAAACCCACAACCUCAUUGCUCUCAAAGCACCAAGUAGUAAGCUUCUCAUGCAUCUGACUUCCUCACAGGCGAGGCUAAAGCUGGUGUCUGUCGUCGGAAUGGAAGGCCUUGGUAAGACUACUCUUGCCAAGGAGGUAUAUGCAAAGCUUCAAAACAAGUUCGAGUGCCGAGCUUUCGUUACUGUUAGCAAAAACGCGUAUCUAACGGCCGCUCUACUGGAUAUACUUCAUCAAGUAAAGCCACAGGGUACUAUUCCUCGCAAUGGCCCGGGAGCUCCUGAAAUUAACCAAGUCGUAACCGAGCUCAGGGAAUACCUCGUCACAAAGAGCUAUUUCAUCUUAAUUGAUGACGUUUGGAGCAUCCGGGUAUGGGAUAUUCUUAAUUGUGCUUUGCCUGAGAAUGAUCUUGGAAGUAGAGUAUUGAUCACAACUUGCAUCAGCGAUGUUGCCAAAUGUUGUUCUAUGCGCCCCGUUGAUGCCAUCCACCAGAUGGAGCCUCUUAGCGAGGAAGACUCAAAGCCAUUAUUUCAUGAGGAGGCAAAAAGGCCCGCUGCAAAUGAGUUGUUGAAAAUGUGCGGUGGCAUGCCAUUGGCAAUAAUUGUUGCAGCCGGCAGGAAAUCUGCAGGACUAGCUGACUCAGAGAUCGGUGAGCGAUGUAUCCUUUCGACAUCAGACCAAUAUUCCACAUCAGAUGGGAUGAUAAUGAUAUUGCAAAUGAGCUAUGAUGAACUGCCUGCUCCCUUGAAGUCUUGUCUUCUAUACCUUUGUGUUUUUCCAGAAUAUUAUGCCAUCAAGAAAGAGCGUUUGAUACGGCUGUGGAUCGCUGAGGGAUUUAUCUUAGGAAGAUGUGAAGAAAGCUUGUGGAGGACAGGAGAAAGCUAUUUCAACGAGCUCAUCGGUAGGGGGCUGAUUCAGCCAGUGUUUGGCUACGAAGAUGGCCAGGCUGUGGCGUGUACGGUGCAUGGUGUGAUCCUUGAGUUCAUCAAAUCUUUGUCUAGGAAAUACAAGUUUGCUACAACGGGUGCAGACUUGAGGUCUGGAGUAUGUCCUUGGUACCCAAUUCGCCAUUUCUCAGUCGAUUACUGCAGUAAGCAAGAUGAAGUGAACACAUUGGACUUAAGAACCCUGCACCUUUCUAGCAUGCGGACCCUCCAAGUCUUUGGGCCUGUUGGAUGGACAACUCUCCGCACAGGUUCUAAGGUUAUGAAAGGGAAGGCUGUUCCGGGGGAUACUGAGGGGAUCCCUCUUCUGUCAAGCUUCAAAAAUUUACGGGUACUCGAUCUGGAAGAUAAUGACAAUUUGAGAAGCCACCAUCUGAAAGACAUUGGAGGGUUGGUUCUGCUAAGGUACCUGGGGCUUAGAGGGUCUGCUAUCCAUGCGUUACCAGACGAAAUAGGAAAGCUGGAACAUUUGGAGACGCUAGAUGUCAGGCACACUAACCUGAGAAAUCUGCCUGCAUCUAUAGUUGGAUUGGAAAGGUUGGUAUGCCUACUGAUUGAAGAUGCCGUGGAGAUGCUGAGCAAUAUCCUUGUAAUGCAAGGACUACAAGAAGUAUCAACGAUCAGGGUCGACAACAUCGAGUCACUCCAUGAGGUGGUGGAGCUGCUGGCUCGGUCGGAGAGGCUGAGCAUCCUUGGCUUGAGCUUUGACGAACUAAGCCCAUCUCUGGACAGUGCACGUGCAUUCACCGAUUUAUUGAGGGCGGUUGGACAGUCUAAACUUCGGUCCCUAUCUCUGCAUUGUCUUCAUGGUGACUGGAUUGGCCUACUGGACUCGAGACCAUACCAGCUGCGAAGAUUUGAGGUGGCUGUACCUGUUCCAGUCUUGGAAAGUACUGUAUCUAUUAUUCCCUGCUGUAUCACCCACUUGAAUAUUGAAGUGGCUCAUUUGGGAGAGGAAGGUCUCAUUGUGAUCGCGUCCAUGCCCCAGCUUGUCCUUCUCAAGUUAGCAUCUUCAGGACCUGCUGCUGCCAUGAUGGACACGGACACAUCCUUACGAAAACAGAGAAGAAGAGCGAGAAUUCGGAGGGGAGCCUUUCUGUGUCUUAAGGUGUUGUGGUUCACAUGCAAGGCUGGUGGGAAUGAGGUGCAGUUUGAUCCAGGAGCCAUGCCACAGCUGCAGGGGCUGCGGCUCCACUUCAACACUCUAGAGACGCUGUCCCUUUAUGGAGAUUUUGAGUUCGGCAUUGAGCAUCUCUCUAGUCUCAACAGAAUCCAUGCGACCUUCACAUGUGAGGAUACUGCCGCUCCAGAGGUGGUGCAUGCAGAGGCUGCCAUCAAACAGCAAGUAUCUCAGAUCUCCUCCGCCAACACACCAACAAUAGAGUUCAGCAGAGAGAAACCCAGGAUGCUCGUGGAGAAAAAGAAGACGGUGGCCAUGAUCACCCAGAAAAGUAGCUUCAGUAGAUGGUUGAGGGGAAAAAGAGAGGAUAGGCCCGCUUACAGACAAGGAACAUGA